CGAGUCGUCUUCCUCGCGAAGUCGCCUUCCUCGCAGGGUCGCAGCCAAUUUGCAGACUCGCAAAAUUUCUUCCGGUUCAGAAGUGUCCAGAUCUGGCUCGCCUUGCUCCGCCUUGCUCCUCCUCGCUCCUCCUGGCCACGCCUUGCAACGCCUCCUUACGCCUUCCCGGCGCUAAACGUGCAACUCGCGAAACAGCCGACCGCCUCGGGCGAUUUCCUGCCGCCUCGCUCCGACGCGCGCGAAGAAUUCAGACAUGGGUAAAGAGGAAAGCCCAAAAACCACAAGGAGAACAACCAGAUCCUCCGCUGCAGAUACCCCUUCAAAGAAUGUAGUUGAAGAAACUAAUGCAAGUAGUUCUCAGCCGCCAACUCUCAGUGACCUUGUGCUUGGAGAAGAAAGAGAAUCCUUUAGCUUGGAUGAUCUGUUGUCUAGUUUUCCUGGUAGACGUAAUCAGAUCCAGGAGCUUCUACAACUUUUGGGUCCACGGAACUCUCCCAUGCUUCCUAUCUUUGUAUAUGGAGGCACUUCUACCGGGAAAACUAGUAUGGUACUGGAGACAUUUAGGCAUCUUAAACGUCCUUUUGUUUAUUCAAGCUGCCUUAGCUGUUAUAAUCCCCGAAUCUUGUUCGAGUCUGUUUUGAAUCAACUGUUUCUUCACCGAAAGAAUGCAGUAAAUGGUUAUUCAAGUGCAAAGCGCUGUGAAAGCCCAUCUGAUUUUGUUAAUUUUCUUCGCGAAGCCUUGGUUAGCGUUCUUGCUAAUCUUGAGGGAAACUCGGGGAAAUUAAGCUCCAAAAGGUCCGGAAAGGCUAAUGGAAAUAUGAUCUACUUGAUAUUUGACAAUUUGGAGCGUGUCAGAGGAUGGGAAAAAGGUUCUACCAUAUUGCCUUUACUAUUUAAUCUCUAUGACAUUCUGAAAAUGCCUGAGGUCGCUCUUAUCUUUAUUAGCAGUGCCUCACCGGAUACAUAUUACUCAAGUAUGGGUUAUGUGGAGCCUAUCCCUAUAUAUCUUCCUGAUUAUACUCAAGAUGAUCUUCAGCAAAUCUUCUUGAGAAACCAAGCAAACAAAAAGCUUUAUGCCUCUUUUCUCAGUGUCGUGCUAAGGCCUUUCUGUAGAAUUACCAGACGGGUGGAUGAAUUGUCUCCUGCCUUUUCACUAUUAUUCACAAAAUAUUGUGAGCCUGUAACCAAUCUGGGUGUUGUUCCCAAUAAAGAGUUGAACCAAAGGCUGUUUCAUUAUUUUCGGCCCCAUGUUGCUCCUUCACUGAAUGAGAUAUUUAAGGUUUCAUCUCAUCCAUCCACUGAAGUUGAAGUUAGGGAGACAAAAGGAAAGGGCACCACAAGGAAAUUUGGAGAUUGCGAGGAUGAUCAAUUAGAUUUCCAUAUGCCUACUUCUGCCAAGUAUCUCCUUAUUUCAGCAUUCCUUGCUUCAAGAAACCCGGCUACCCUUGAUGCAUCAUUGUUCGAUUCCACAGGAGGUUCUAAUAGUCGCAAACGAAGGAGGAAGGCCUCCGAGAAGUCAAUGGAACAGAAGGAAACUGCAGAACAGGAAUUACUUCUGAAUCCUGGAACAUUUCCAAUGGAGAGGUUAUUAGCCAUAUUUCAGUGUAUUACAUCUGUAGGGGAAGGUUCUCUUGAUGAGGAGGAAGAAGGAUAUGAUGGGUUAGGCAUUCGAAAUGGGAAUGGUGGGCUCAUGUCUGAUGUUCUCUUACAACUGUCCAGUCUCUGCAGUGCUAAUUUUAUUGUCACUGGUGGAAGCUGCCCACUAGAGGGCUCAACUCGAUAUCGAUCUACAGUGAGUGAAGAUAUGGUUCUGAAGGUAGCAAGGAGCAUUAAGUUUCCUCUCUCAAAGUAUAUAUACAGAUAGUUUGCUUUUUUGGUGAGGUAUUUGUGAUAUGGUUGCCCAUUCAUUCUCAAGGAUGAAGAAAAUUCUCAAGCAGGGUCAGAUUGCCUCUGGUUUUCAACUAACAUAGCCUCUACCAUGUUAAACCAUUACUCCAAAUUCUCUGAUCCUCAUAUUUGUUGAGCAACUUCAAAUGACUGGUAUUGAGUGGAUACAACUGAUUGUUGCGGUUUUGUGAUAGAUGGGGAUUGCACCAUUAAAGGAGCUGGAUAAGAAAAAUGUCUUCAGUACUCUAGCAAUUUGAACAGUUUCUGGAAGUUUCUGACAGUAUCUUGGUGUCAAGUUUCUGCAGGCCUGCUAUCUAACAAUUGUAGUUAACCAGAGACCUUAACCAAACCUUGUCAAUAGUCUAGUAAGUCCCAGGGCAAAGAAAUGCCAGUGGUAACUAUUCUUUUUUUAGAUACUCUCAAGUAAAUGCCGUUUAUUAUGCAGUGUACGCGUCUAUCGCAAUUCGGGAAUCGUUUAUUGAGUUUUGCUUCCUUUUUGCUAAGUUACGCCUGAAUUGAUUCUCUCUUUAGGUUUGGUUAGAUGUAUUGUAAGUGCUAUUUGCAGAGAAGGGCAGAAACGAACUGGGGUAAACCUCACUCUGUUAUAUCACAUGGCUGCAUUACAUAAAAUAGUUGUUGGGGGCAAUUUCUCACAGCUGCAAGAGAUGCCCAUCA